UAUAUCGCGGAAUGAAAUCUGGUUCCAUUCUUGGAUCUUCAACUUCCCGGGGGAGUUUUAGAUUUUAUGGGGAGAAUAAUGGCGUGACUGCUGAAAAAUCUAAUUCUGAAGCUGAUGAUUAUGUGGAGAAGGAUCCAAAGGGUCGAUAUGUUCGGUUCAAUGAGAUAUUGGGCAAAGGUGCAUUCAAGACUGUCUACAAAGCAUUCGACGAAGUUGACGGAAUUGAAGUAGCAUGGAACAGAGUUAGGAUUGACGAUGUUCUUCAAUCGCCUCAAGAUUUAGAAAAGUUGUAUUCUGAAGUACAUCUUCUUAAAUUUUUGAAGCAUGAAAAUAUCAUCAAGUUCAUUGAUUCAUGGAUUGAUGAUAAGAAGAAGACAAUCAACAUGAUUACUGAGCUCUUCACAUCUGGAAGUCUAAGACAAUAUCGUCGGAAACACAAAAAUGUCGAUUUAAAAGCUUUGAAAAAUUGGGCGAAACAAGUUCUUCGAGGUUUAGACUAUCUUCAUAGUCAUGACCCACCAAUUAUACACAGAGACCUGAAAUGCGACAAUAUUUUUGUUAAUGGUAAUCAUGGCGAAGUUAAAAUUGGAGAUCUUGGAUUGGCUACGGUUAUGCAGCAACGAGCGGCUAAGAGUGUCAUUGGAACUCCUGAAUUUAUGGCACCGGAAUUGUACGAGGAAGAGUACAAUGAACUCGUAGACAUAUAUUCAUUUGGGAUGUGUAUGUUGGAGAUGGUAACGUUUGAAUAUCCUUAUAGCGAGUGCAAAAACCCGGCUCAAAUCUACAAGAAAGUUACUUCGGGCAUCAAACCGGCUGCUCUUGGUGGGGUGAGUGAUCCUGAAAUGAAGAAUUUCAUAGAGAUGUGCAUUGGUCCGGUUUCUCAAAGAUUGCAUGCUAAGGAGCUUCUUAAAGAUCCAUUUCUUGGAAACGACGCUAAUGAUCUACGACAUCAACCCGACCAACAAUCAAUUUCAGUUAGUUUGCCAUCGAGUUGUGGGCCAUUUUCCAUGGAUAUAGAUCCUGAGUAUAACCAUUACUUAAGUUUGGAUUCCAACAAUGAAAGCCCUGACCUUCAGGUUCUUGAAUUCCAAAGGAUGCAUAUGAGUAAUGAGUUUCGGUUGAAGGGAACAAUGAACGACAACAAUUCGAUAUCAUUAACUUUGCGAAUUGCUGAUUCGGAUGGCCGUGUUCGCAACAUACACUUCAUGUUCUACCUUGACUGCGACACUGCAAUGGCAGUUGCGGCCGAGAUGGUUGAACACCUCGAGUUGGCCGAUCAAGACGUGUUGUUCAUUGCUGAGUUCAUCGAUUACUUGAUAAUGAAGCUUCUUCCCGGUCCUAAAGACUACAAGUUAGGUAGAGGGACAAUAACCGAUAGACAUGAUUAUACCUCCGCCUCCGCUGCAAGUUCUUGGCAUACGGUUCAAAAUGGACCAAUGCUCUCAACUUUCGAGCAACAUGACUAUAUCUACAAUACUCUACCUUCUCUUCCUCCUACUCCACCUCCUCAUGCUUUAGGCGACGACGAAUCUGAAGCGUCGAUAGGAUCACAACCGAUCACGUCAGCAGAAGCUGUUGCUGACACGGACAAGAUUUACAAAAUGGACGAAUACGAUGAUGUUUAUAGAAUUGAGGGAGACACAACGAGUUUAAUGGGCUGUUUGUUCGAGUCGGAUUUGAAGGAUGAGAUAUUUUAUGCGGGAAAAGGUUCGGAAAUGAUGUCUUAUGUCGAGAUGCUUCCUCCGAAAGUGAUGAGUGAUGGGAGUAGUUGUUCAUCGUCGGAGAAGGAUCAUGAUAUCGAGCUGAAGGUUGAGCUUGAUGCUAUUGAAGGGCAGUAUCAAGAAUGGUUUCAAGAGUUGUUGAGGAUGAGAAAUAAUGCAAUGGAAGAUACAAGGAAGAGAUGGUUGAUGAAUAAGAAGAAGUUGGAUGUUCAAUGAAUUAUGUUUAUUGUUUUGAAAUUGUUGCUUUCAUUUCUGUUGAAGAAUUCUAUUGAGAUUAUUUCAAGUG